AACCCAUAUUCACUCACUCACAAUGGCGGGCUCUGAGCCCUCUCCUUCUCCAAAAAUCCUUCUAGCAAAGCCCGGUCUCGUUACCGGAGGCCCCGUCGCCGGCAAGUUCGGCCGCGGCGCCGCCGGCGAAGAUGAUUCCGCCCAGCACCGUUCUCGUCUCCCUUCUGUCGCAUCCCUCAACCUUCUCUCCGAUUCCUGGGACUUCCACAUCGAUCGCUUUCUCCCCUUUUUGACUGAAAACACGGACUUCACUGUGAUUGGAGUGAUUGGGCCACCAGGAGUUGGCAAGUCCACUAUAAUGAAUGAACUUUAUGGCUUUGAUUCAAGUUCCCCUGGGAUGCUACCACCUUUUGCUACACAGUCUGAAGAGAAUAGAGCAAUGGCAAGGCAUUGUUCUACGGGCAUUGAACCGAGGAUAUCUGCUGAACGUAUUAUUCUUCUUGAUACUCAGCCUGUAUUUAGUGCUUCUGUUUUAGCUGAGAUGAUGAGACCAGAUGGCUCUUCAACAGUUUCAGUGCUAAGUGGAGAAUCCAUGUCAGCUGAAUUGGCUCAUGAAAUUAUGGGUAUUCAGCUUGCUGUUCUUCUAGCAUCCGUAUGUCAUAUUCUGCUGGUGGUGUCAGAGGGAGUCCAUGAUGAUUGCAUGUGGCAUUUGAUGUUGACGGUUGACUUGUUGAAGCAUGGCAUUCCAGACCCAUCCUUACUUGCUUCAUCCCAUUCACAGAGCUCUAGUUCAGGGCAUGAGAAAGAUAACAAACUUUCUGGACGUGAAUACAUGGCUACUCCUGUUUUUGUCCACACCAAGCUGCAUGAUCAAGAGUUUACUCCUAAAAAUUUUGUACAGUUGAGGAAGACACUCAUACAGUACUUCAAACCGUCUUCUUUUGUGAGGGAACAUGCCGAACACAAGCCCGAGGAGCAUAUUUCAUCUUCUAUGGUUCAUGAUAGUCCUAUGGAUUCUAAUGUGCCAAGUUUGUUUGCAAUCCCAUUUAAGAAAAAGGAUGAAAAUCCGAGAGCUCAGCAUGGAAGUUACAUUUCAGCACUAUGGAAAUUACGGGAUCAGAUAUUAUCCAUGAAGUCACCAUCUUUCACUAGACCUGUGUCUGAGCGUGAAUGGUUAAAAAAUUCAGCCAAGAUAUGGGAACAGGUAAAAAACUCCCCAACGAUGUUGGAGUACUGCAGAACACUUCAACAAUCGGGUAUGUUUAGGAGGUGAAAUCUUAUCAAAGGCAGAAAGAUUCAAGACAAUCUAUGUAACUGCGUUCCUAGAUUUAUCUUGUUUUUGAUACAAAAUUAUUAAAUUUGUGUAUGAAACUCACUUUGUCAGCGCUGUUAAAUUUAGAAGAUAUUUAUUUGUUAAAAUUUUGGCGUUUUUCACCUUUGACGGUGUAAUAUUGCUCUUGUAGUUUAGUGAGCCUAUGAUGGGUGUGAAGGUUUGGGUCAGUAUUAUUCUAUGUUGGGUGUAGAUUCAUUCUUUUA